AUGGCUGCCCACGAUGAGCUCUCAGAAGGCGGCAUGGCCGAUCUGGUUCAAGCUCUGGAGCUCAUCCACAAUCCAUCUUCAACAAAUGAGCUACGCAGGCAAGCCCUGACCUUCGUGGAGUCGCAAAAGGAAAGCAAGUUGGCUGCUCGUAAUGGUUUCCUGUUGGCAUCACGGGUAGAAAAUGCCCCUCUGGUCCGGUACUUUGGUCUAACCCUCUUGGAUCAUGUUUUGCGGCACACGUCCUUCACCUCCUCGGACCAGGUAGCUGCCCUCCAAGACUUUGUUCUUAAGCUUGCCCAGGCAGUUCGCCCAGAGGAACCUGCAUACUACCGCAAUAAGAUUCCUCAGCUAUGGGCAGAGAUCGCCAAGCGAAGCUGGGGCUUGGACUGGAUUGGAAUGGACGAGACACUCGUGCAAUUCUGGGACGCAAGUCUGGUGCACAAGGAAAUCGUUCUGUCUGUCCUGGAGACUCUGUCCGAAGACAUCUUCUACCGUGAGGACACCGUCUCGUCGUUACGGGGCACUGACCUCAAUCGAGCAUUGGUGGAAAUCUGCACCCCGCUGGCGGUGUUCGAGGAAGUCUAUCCGAGGCGGGAACACCAUGUUGAACUUCGAUGCGGGACCGAGGGUUGGCUGGCGAGAACUUGCGAGUUUCUCAUGUACUGUAUUGAAAAUCUGCAGAGCUCGACUCAGGCCAAAGACGCUGCUCUUAAAGCCCUUGCAACCUUGAAAUCCAUUCUGGUAUGGUCGAUCCCGAAGGCCAUUUUAUCCGCCAAUUGUUUGCCAAGUAUCGCGAGAGCUCUCACAUGCAGCGAUGAGCAGGUGUUGCUGGCUGCCGUUGAAGCUCUCCAUGCACUGUACAGCAGGUCGAAUUUUGAAAUCGAGGAUUUCCAACCACUUGUGCACUUGAUGUACGAAACGGAAUAUUUGACUCUGCUACAGAAGCUGUACGAGUGGUCCGUUGUUGGGCCUGACGAUGUCGAUGAUAUUCGAUACAUCAUUUCUAAAAAGCUAUCCGAGAUGCUAUCAUAUGUUGCCGGCUUCCUCGAAGAGAAGGGCUUUGCUCUGGAAAGCGCGCAGGGCAUGAACCUUACCUUCUUUUUCCAUCUUCUUAUCAACAUCAUCCAAAACCAGAGCUUGACUGUCUCGAUACCCGUCCUCCACGUGUGGUCCAAGUUACUUGCCUCCGAGAGAAUUGGGAACACGGAUCUGGUCAAUGGCCUAAUUCCCCCGCUGCUCAGCAUAUGCACUGAGCGGUUGAUCCGUUGGGAAUCUCUUCCAGCAGAUUCAGACAACCCUACGGUGGUCUUCUUGAAUGAGGAUAUUGAUACCGUUCCGGAACGUCACGCCUUUGUUGGGAACUACCGCAGGUACUGUUCGUCCGUCAUCGAGACGAUUGUCCAAAAGAGACCACAAGAGGCUAUUCCGCAUAUCCUUUCGGCCGUUGACGCAAACCUGGAUAGCCUCUACAAUGGGACUGAACCGUUCGAUGUGCAAUCGUUUUCAAAGAAUUCAUUGCCGUUGAUGCGCGCCGAUACCCAGUUUGCGGUGGUAGAAGCCACUCUGAAAGGCUACAACAAGUGGGUUUCAGCUCACGGGAAAAUGCCGCAGCAAGAUGAGCAGAAACGAAGGGAUCUGGAAACCACUCUAGAGACAUGGGCUAUGAGUUUGAUGCAGAGGAACUACGAGGACCCGAUCUUGAAGCAACGCAUUAUCAAGCUUAUUGUGGACAUCUCGUCCAGGGCAUUGGACAAGAAUCCUAGCUUUGCCCUCAAAGUCCUUGAGCAUAUCCUUAUGACUCGCCUGCCUGACCUAGCUGAAUUCCCAGCCUACUCUGAAGCUGUGAAGGAGCUCCAUGGCCUCGCCAGUCAUGAGCUCCGACGUCUUGCAAUGCGCUAUGCUGAUUAUUUCUCCACAUUUUAUGACCUGCUAGAACCGAAGAUUAAAGAAAUCACCAUGGCUAAUCGAGUCGACGACAAGUUGCACAUGGAGCAUACCUCUAUUCUUCUCAUCAUUAUGCAACGUGCAAAUAAUGUUGACCCAUAUCUACGGGAAACGAGGAUGAAGUCAUUCCUGGAGCCUAUCAGGCAAGCCUGGCAAGAAGAAGAAUUUCGGACUAUGAGUUCUUCUUUCGAUGGCUUCUGUGGCAUGCUCGGGCUGCAAGAUGUUGGGCCAUUCAUGCAGAAGACGCAAGCCUCAAAACUUGAAGACUGGUCGGCGAUGCCAUUGGACAAUGAGGGAAAGCAAAUCCAGGAGAAUAUGACAAGGAAAUUCCAGCAACUACCUUUGAGAGGAACCAAGACAAUGCUCGCAGUUUCCACCGAAAAGUUGAAGAAGGCCGAAUUGCCAUACGACCUUGCGUGUAAUAUCUGGCAUGAUAUCAUUCCCAUAAUCUUACCCACGUUGCUACAACUUGUCAGCAAUGCCCAUGCGUUCCACAAUCCAGCAAACUGGGGUGGCCUGCCUGAUGAUAUGCGUUCAGUUGUUGAACGUAUCUUGACCGAUCGAUUUUGGCAAGCAGGAAUCUCCACUGGUAGCCGUGAUGAAUUCUAUGCGAAGAUUACGGCCUCUCGAUUAUCUCUCGAGGGUUUUGCUUCUUCUGUUCGAGGCAAGGUUCGGGCUGUGCGAGAGUCCUGCUACUCAAUGCUGUUCAGUAUGAGCAGGCUAAGAGAACAUUUCUAUGGAUUUGCCGAGCUUCCAGGACCACUGUCGCAAGCUUUGUUUAAAGAUUCACCUCACCUUUCUUCUCACCAGUUCUCGGUUCUCCUCAAUAUCUCAAGAUGCUUGAUUGAUGAUUGUCCUGUCCGCUUCAGAGCACAAUUCCUGCCUCCUAUGCUGGCUACGCUUUUCACCAACAUCGAUAGAAAGGUCACUUCAGAGUGGGACCUUAUCGAACAACGCAGAGAAGGUGUCGCAGAAGGCAAUCUGACAGACGAGAUGAAGUCGGAGAGUAUCCUCCGGCAGUUAACGUAUUCUGCAGUGCUCAUGGUUGCGAGUCUUUUGGAUCCGCAAAGAGGUGACCCUGAUGAAGAACCAGCAGAUCCUAGCGCACUGCAGCCAGCCCCAGCACUUUCCGACUCGAUUCGACACUUUGUUCUUUCUUCACCGGAUAUAUUUGAACCUGUCAUGCUCUUUUGUACACAUGCUCUUCGCAUGCGCGAUACGAGGUGCUGUAGCAUCAUCACUCGUGUUAUCCGAUCGAUUCUGCAGGAUUUUGCACCGCCUAACGAUAGCCCUACCAUCGUAACGAUCCGCGAGUUCAUCUCCUCUGAAGUCCUCAAGGCUUGCAUCACGUCUGUCCAUGAACCAUAUUUUGUCGAUAUGCAGAAAGACCUUGCUCAGCUGAUUGCAUCAAUCUGGGUUCUCUAUGGCUCGAGCAGCCCAACCCCGCGUUCAUUGAUUCUCAGCCUCCCCGGCAUGAACGAGCAACGGGUGGCAGGCACAGAAGCCGCGCUCAUUCGAUCUACCUCAGCACGACAGCAGCGUGCUCUUGUUUUGGAUCUUCUGGAAGGCCUCAGAGGUGUCAGUAUCGCUGAGCAAGGUAAGAUCAUGGGCUCGCGAGAAGAACGCCGAAAGGCACGGAGUGCGCUGCAGGAGAGAUAUAUGAGCAAUGAGAUGGAAGGUCAACAGAACAAUAAGGUUGAUAUCAAUGACGGGCCUGAUUUGGGCGGCGUUGCCGACAUGUUUGGCUAG